AUGACACUAAAAAAUGUCCCAUUUUCAACAGUAGUUAUCGUAACGAGUCCACACUUUUCCCUUGACUUCACCCACAAAAAAAAUAACAUUCGUGAAAGCAAUCGCAACAUAAUGUCAAGCAGAAAGAAAUUACUUACAACGAUGAAGAGAAGUAGUGAUAAAAAGUAUGACAUGUCAAGAGUACGAUUAUGUUUGCUGUUGACAACAAGCAUGAGAAAAAAUCUUCUAUUGGUUUAUGCAAUGUUAUGCUAA